AUGGAGUCAAAUUUGUGUAAAGAUCAUAAAAGAGAUUUGGAGUUUAUUUGUUUGGGUUGUAAAGAGUUGAUAUGUUCCAAGUGUAUGGUGCAUACGCAUCGAGGUCAUACAUUUGAAGAUUUCGAUACUUUGUUUGCAGCAAAGAAAGACGGUGAUAAGGAAGACAUCGGUAGCCGCACACCUGUCCUAAACACUCAGUUUACAUCAAGACUGAAUCAUCUCUAUGAGAGAAUGAAAGAGUAUGAACAAACACUAGAGUCAUUCGGCCAAGUCGAACGUUCGAUCACUGAGUACAUCGACCAACUUUUACUCGCCGUAGAACUCCUAAAGGAUCAGAUAAAACGCGAACUUCAAACCGAACGUCAAUCCAUAAGUCAAACAUUACUCUCAAUGCUUACAGAGUUCAAAGAUAUCAAUUCAAUCAUCGUAAUGAUAUCAAGAGGUCAAGAGAAGAAUCAACAGCAACUACAAAAUGGUGGUGGUGGUCUAUCAAAGAAUGAUAGUAAUAAUAAUAAUAAUAAUAAUAUGGAAAUAGUUACAAGUAGUAGUAGUAGUAGUAGUCAAAAUGAUACUAUUAGUAAUAAUAAUAAUAAUAAUGUUAAUGACUUUGAUAAUAUCAAUGAACAGUUUGAAGAUUAUAUGGCGACGUUGAAGAGUUCAGAGAAUAUAUUUGGUUUCAUACAGGCUAAUAUUGAGCGACUAAAUAUGGGAGUACCGGAUUUCAAUUGUCCGAAACCACAUCAUCUACGGUAUAUGCAAGCAUUGCAAAAGACGAUAUCAGCAGUAGAGAUACAACAUCCUUUGACCUACACAAGCUCCGACACAUCACCAUUCACCAACAUACUCACACAAAUCAAUAACAUCGGUUCACUCUUUAAAAAGAGUUCCAAUCCUUAUAAUAUUAAUAUCGAUAUGAAAAAUAAUAAUAAUAAUAAUAUCAACAACAACAACACUACUAUCGAUGAUAGUAACAUUACACUACCCAAUCCUACAACAACAACUACUACUACCACUACAACUACAACAUCAUCAAAUUCAGCAGUCAACAAUAAUAAGACAGCAAACAUUCCAGUUCCAAGUAAAUAUAAGAGCAAUAACAACCAGUUGGAAGCAAGAAGUGAAUCUUUGGAUUUCAUUUUCAAUCCUUCCGGUUCGGAUAGCAACGAUAAUCUUAGUGGUAUUCUUGAGAAGACAAUAGAGGAUGCACAUCUAGAGGCAACUACACAACAAAAUAAUAACAACAGUGGUAGUAGUGACAAUGCAGAUAGUAAUAAUGUUGAUAUAAAAAAGAGUAAUAGUAUUAUUGGUAAUGUUAAAAAGGAAUAUCCAAAGAUUCCAGUAAAGAGUGAAAAGAAAAGUAGUGCAAAGAAAAAAGGAAAACAACAACAGCAGCAACAGCUACCUGCAACAACUACAAAACCACCAACACCAGAAUUAAUAUCUACAACUACAAGUACAUCACCAAACCAAUCAAAUAGAACCUCCUCUGGAAAUAGUCCAAAGUUAAAUAGUUCUAUGGAAGGUCAUCAUCAUGGAGAUAGUAACGGUGAUUAUAAUCCAAUGGAUGCUGCUCUUGAUGCUCUUAUCACUGGUAAGAAAGAUAGUAACCACAGAGAUGGAGGAAAAGAUGCUGGUUUCACUGAUAGUCGUAGCUAUAAUAAUGACGGUGACGCCUAUCGUGAUCAACAUGCUAUCACUAGUAGUAAGAGAGAUAGAGAUAGUCCGACAAAGCGAGAAUAUGAUUCCAGCGGUGGAAGAAACAGUAGCAAUAAUAUUACUUCCAAACAAUCUAAAUCAUUCAAAUCAUCAAAGGAUGAUACUGCUCCACUUGGUUAUAGUAGUCAUUACCAUAAUCAUUCACAUGGUUACGACCAAUCCCACAGCCACAGCAGUAGCAGUAUUAGUAGUGGAAGCAUUAACAACAGCCAUAGUAUUAGUAGCAGCAGCAGCAGUAAUAACAGUAUGAUCGUUAGUAAAAGUACACAUGAAAGAUCACCACCUGUCUACUCAACGAAACCAAAGAAAGAACUGUUGUUUACAAUCGGAAAGGAUGGAGUUUAUACACUGGACUGCCAUACUCUUCGUUGGACUUAUAAUGCGGCGUUUGAGAACUUUGAGGAACGUGAGUUUAGUCUGCAUUCUCUGGUGUCCAUUGCCAACCAAGUUUAUGUUUUCGGUGGUUCCAAUCGUACUUCGACGUUCUCACGCUAUACCAUUAACAAUCAGAAUCCCUACGAGGUUGCAACCAACCUGCCGUUGCUUUACAACCAGGGUGGAGAAUCCAUUUCCACUUGCUACGACGGCUACAAGUAUAUCUAUCUGAUUGGCGGUCUCUAUGGUAGUUUCCAGGUGAUUCGUGUCGACCAGUACAAUCCAGACACCAAGGAAAUCACCAGAAUCAUGCAAUUCAACAACUCGAGAUACGGUCAGUACGCAUUCUACCAUAAUCAUACGAUCUACUUGGUUGGCGCGUUCAGCAGCCAUUCGCAGAGCGACGACAUGGCAUUGUGGGGAAUCGACCCAAUUCUAAAGACCUCUACCGAGUAUUGUUCCGAUGUGCGUUUCAAGAAGACACCGAGACUGUAUCUUGCUGCGAUGUGUUUCGACGGUUCGGAGCUAAUCUACAUUUUGGACUCUGGUGGAUUCUUCUAUAGUUUCUCGAUCAAAAGUUUCACCAAACGUCUGUUGUGUUCGCCGAAAUUCAAUUUCAACAGUUCCGUAACCACCAAGUUUACUAUGUGCAUAUUUGACAAGGGUAGAGAGAUCCUGUUCCUAGGUGGAAAGACUUCGACCAACCAAGUCUAUUCGAUUCACAAUAACGUAUGGAAGACGAUUAACGAUAAUGAUAAGAUAGAUAGAGCAUUCCAAGGUGGGCAGAUGAUCAAAUAUGAUAACGAAUAUGAUGUUGUUAAAGGUGUACUGUUUUCAUUAAAGGUUAGUUGUCACUAUAGUAGUUGUGUAAACAUUUGUGUUGAUUACUGA